AUGGCCGACAAACUCCGCGCGCAGCAACAACUAGAGCAACUCCAAGCCCGCUAUGUCGGCACAGGGCAUGCAGACACCACAAAGUUCGAAUGGACAUCGAAUAUUCAACGGGACAGCUAUGCUAGUUAUAUUGGGCACCCCCCUCUUUUAAGUUACAUGGCAAUUGGAAUGGGUGAAUGUAGAGAGAAGGUUAGAGCGAUGAUGAUUGAGAAAAUGAUACAGCCCGUCGGGAAGCCGCCGGAAGUGCAAGAUUGA